UGUGUAACCGUGUACGUGUGAUGGUGACAGCGUGUAGCAGUCGAGAGAGGCAAGGUCCUCCCCCUGACUGUGCCUAUUUAUACGGCCACUACUGCCACCGCGGCUCGUGAUAACUGGACACUACUGGGGCAAAGAGAACAAGUCACAGUGCGGCUCGGGCUCAGGCUGCUGCCAUGCCUUUACUAGAGGAGACCACUCUGCCACAAGAGCGCCCACCAACUAUUCCUGUGGUGAUCAUCGGGAAUGGACCGUCAGGUAUUUGCCUGUCCUACCUCUUGAGUGGAUACAAGCCUUAUUUGGAUAGAAAAACUGUGCACCCAAACCCAAUACUGUACCGUAAACUGCAGGAGGCCAAACAUAUACCCAUCACUGAACAGGACCUGGAAUAUCUGAGUGAAGGUCUAGAGGGGAGGUCCAGAAACCCAGUGGCUGUGCUCUUUGACACCCUCUUGCACCCAAAUGCAGACUUCGGCUAUGAGCUCCCAUCGGUGCUUCAGUGGAGGAGGGACAAGACGCAGAGCAUUCCCCAUUUGGUCCUGGGCCGGUCCACGCCCGGGGGAGCCUGGCAUGCCAUGGAAGGGUCCAUGCUGACCAUCAGCCUGGGGAUCUGGAUGGAGCUUCCAGGUGUGAACUACAGAGACUUGACCAAUGGGAAACGCAGAGAUGUGACCAGCGACAGAGCGACUCCAGAGGAGAUUUCUUCUUAUUACUGCAACUAUGUGAAGCUCAAAGGUCUCCAGAAAAACUUUAUCGACAACACAUACGUUACAUCUGUGCAAAAGCUGUGCCGUGAACACAGCGAGGAGGGUCUGGAGGAGCACUCUGGUCCCACAGACAGUGGGGGCAGUGAGAGUGUGAGUGGGGGAGCUCUGUGGGAGGUCAGAGGUUACCAGCAGCUGCAGAGCCACACCCAUGUGCCCUUCUCUCUGUUUGCGGAGAACGUGAUCCUGGCCACAGGGGCGUCAGACUCUCCAGUGCGACUGGGCAUAGAAGGGGAGGACCUCCCUUUUGUUUUCCACAGCAUUUCAGAUCUGGGCCAAGCAGUGAGCCGCAAGAAGCUGGACAUGAGCUCUGACCCAGUUUUAAUAGUGGGCGCCGGGUUGAGUGCAGCGGAUGCAGUUCUUUGUGCUUGUAAUAGCAAUGUCAAAGUGCUGCAUGUCUUUCGCAAAAGCACCAGUGACCCAGACCUCAUCUUCAAGCAGUUGCCCAAAACUCUGUAUCCUGAAUACCACAAGGUCUACCACAUGAUGUGUUCACAGAGCCACAGUAGUGCAGCCUCCUCCUCUGCUCCCAACAGGUCCCAGGCCGAGAGUAUCGCAUCAUCAGUCUGUGCGAAGAUGUGCCCUAAACCCCAACUUCCCUCAGACAAACUCUCGGAGCUCAGCCUCUUUCCCGACUACACCAGUUUUCCAGAGCACUGCGUGGUCUCCUUCCAACCCGACAUGAAGUGCUUACUUCAGGGAAACAACUCCCUCAAAGCGUUCAAGGUCUCUAUGGUUCUGGUCCUCAUCGGGACCAAUCCUAACCUGUUUUUUCUCAAAGGUCAAGGCCAAUACCUGGGUCUGGACCCGACCAAACCCGUGUCAUGCAAACAGAACCCCCUCGACAUCGAGCCGUACACAUUCGAGUGCAUCAAGGAGCCAGGCCUGUUCGCCAUGGGCCCACUUGUUGGGGACAACUUUGUGCGCUUUUUAAAAGGCGGGGCUUUGGGCAUUGCAUCCUGCCUGCUAAAGAGAUACAAGAAAAAAGAAAAGCUCAUCAGCAAUGGUGGGAAUAAUAUUAUCUAAAACCAAUGUCAGUGACCCUUUAUCAGGGGGCACAAAUAUCAACAAUAAUUAUAACACCUUUAACUUUUUAAAAUCCACAAGCCUGUCAUUCAUAAGGUCUUAGUCCAAUCUCCAAUGUGCCAACUUCAAGUCAGUCUG